AGUUAGGUUAUGUUUUCCACAUAAAAUUGGCAUUUGCCAAACAGAUAGUCAUUGUAUGCUUUCCUUCUAGUCACUCUUCGACGACGUUCAAAGAGAGGACUUACGAUGGCUGUCGCCAAGGCUCUUGUUGGGGUGCCCUCUUUUUAUACGCGAAUUUUGUCACUAUUCCCACCUGACAUUAAUUUCUGCUUUGCCUACGGAUCUGGUGUUGUGAAACAAUCUGGAUCAAACUCCAAGAACCCGAACAUGAUUGAUCUAAUUUUUGCUGUGAAUGACUCAUUAAGCUGGCACAGAAAAAAUAUCGAAAUGAACCCAAGUCAUUAUUCUUUCCUCAAGUGGAUGGGCGAGGGCUCUGUUGCCACUUACCAAGAUCAUUGGGGUGCUAAGGUGUAUUUCAACACUCUGGUGCCAAUUCCCUCAGAAAAUGUAAUGAUUAAAUAUGGUGUUGUUUCUCAAACGUCUUUAGUAUCUGACCUUCUAGACUGGAGUGAACUUUAUUUGGCUGGCCGAUUGCAUAAACCUGUCCAGAUUGUGCGACCGACUAGUGAUUCAGAACUACGUUCUGCACUCCAGAAAAAUCUUCAUAGUGCUGUUCAUUGUGCUCUUCUACUGCUGCCUGAACAUUUCACAGAGAAGCUUUUAUAUAGGACUAUAAUAGAACUGUCGUAUCGUGGUGAUUUUCGUAUGACAUUUGGGGAAGACAAAAACAAGGUUGAAAAUAUUUUGGAACCACAGUUUGCACUAUUCCAAGAAAUAUACCGACCAAUUAUCAAGAGUCUUCAUGAUUAUAUGGAUGUUCAGGAAACAGGGCUGUGCUGUCAAGAUCCUGGCACUCUUGCUAAGCUACACCAUUUAAAUCAACUUCCAAGAGCUCCUCAAAGAGCACUUGUGCGGUUCUGGAAUCGUGGUAGUGGGAAUCUACGUCAAGAUACAGAAGAUGUUCUCCGUGCUGUAGCUCAUGAUCCGGAAUGUAGUUCAAUAUUGCAAAGUAGACUUGAAGACAUAGUUUGGGCUUCGAGCGUCAGACAAAGUCUCAAAGGAAUUUUAACAGCUGGAAUUUUAAAAUCUAUUCAGUACAGUGUCAAAAAAAUUAAGAAAAUGUUAGCCAGUACAAGGAGAGAAGUGUGA